CCGCAGAACAAACAAAAAAAAAAAAAACAGUGACUGGAACGGAAGAAGAAGCAGCAGCGAAAUAAUCAACAAAGGCGGCAAACAUGGCGAGAGGGAAGAGGAAACCGGAGCAGGAAUCAGACAGCUCCACAAUGCGAAGGAAACUUUGCGUCGACGAAGUGGUGAGUGACCUGUGUCUGGGAGACUAUGAUCAGGCGAUGUUGCGGAUCAACCUGGGCCUGGAAGGCUUACAGGACCACGAGCAGGUUAUGGCCCUGCUGGAGCUAAAGACCAUCAUUGUGAGACUCCGUCUGAAAAGCGAGGCCCAGCGGAUAAUUGGACCUACCCGCCAGUCUGAUGCCCUGCCACACGGAUUCACACUCGAGAUGCUGGACGUGGUGCAGAAGGUGCUUAAGUGUCGUAACCACUAUGAGGUGUUGCGCGUCUCGCAUCACGCCACCUACUCGGAGGUGAAACGGGCCUACCACAAGUUAGCCCUGCGCCUUCAUCCGGAUAAGAACAGGUCGCCAGGGGCAGAGCAGGCCUUUCGUCGGAUUAGUGAGGCGGCCGACUGCCUCACGGAUUGCCAGAAGAGAAUCGAGUAUAAUAUAUCCACCGCAGUGGGAGAUUGUCGUGACCAGCAGCCAUCGGUGUUCGAGGAUAACCCUGAAGGAAUCAAUGAAGAAGAUCAAUCUUAUCUGAGAAACACUCGUCGACGACCUUAUCAGUCGGCUAAUCAGCGGAUGCCCCAGCGCCAGGCACUUUUCCAGACUGAGCAACUCGUUAUCGGAGUGGUGGCUGCUCUGGUUUUUCUCUUUGUCAUCAUGCAUUACAUAGCAGCCACGCCUGAUUACAGUUUCACGCAAACCAGAACCCACAGUGUCCGUCGCGUCACUCAGAUGAAACAUAUAGCCUACUAUAUGAACCCGCAGAGUCUGGGGAAAUACACAGAGCAGCAGCUAAAUAAGCUGGAAAUAGAGAUCGAGGAGGUUUACGUCUCGGAUCUCAAGCAGAACUGCAAGCAAGAGCGAAGUUUGCGGGAAACAUUGCUUCUUAGGGCAAGGCAAGGGAACAAUCAGAAGUUCCUCCAACAUGUUAGCCAGAUGCCCACUCCCUGCUUGCCAGGCACUCCUUAACCUGGGAAAGUCUCGUCACAAUCCGCUGCUGUUGGAGAAUCGGUCUAUGGGAGAACCACAUUUUCAGGAGGACUAGGGCGAUGGAUUAUGUGUAAAGCUUUUUUUUACAUCUGUACUAAGAGUUAGGUUUAGUUUAACGUGGAAAUAAAUAGUCUGUGAACAUGUCAAA